AGAAGAGAUUGGAAAUGCCACCUAGAAAGAGAACUACCUCAGGAUCGAAGAAAUCGAACCAGAACCAGAACCAGAACCAGAAUCAACAACAAUCUCAGCCAUCAAAGUUCGGAAUCCAACACUUCUUCCAUCGCCACACCCAAAACUCCCUCUCUCAAGAACCCAAAAAAGCCCCAAACGCCCCAACUUCUGUACUUUCCACUUCCGGAAACCCUCAACCUAUACCCAAUUCAAAAUCAGCUGAUCCAGUAAAACAUAUUUCAACCCUUCAAAACCCUAGGAAUUCACUAAAUUUUGAAAAGAACGACCCAUCUAAUGUCAUCUCAGCACCUGAAAACCCUAAAAAUAACAAUGAUUCGGUUAAUUUUGCUUUGGAUAAUGGUAGUUUGACUUGUCAAAACCCUAAAGUGGUUUUGGAAGCUCGGAAUUCUGCAAAUGGGGUGAAUUUGUGGACCACAGAGACGAAUAAUCCUUCUCAAAAUACGCCUACUGAGAAUAUAUUAUCUGUUGUAAUUGAUGCGGAGAACCAAUCGGAGGUGUCGCCAGAAAUUUGCAAGUCGGUGCCCCUCAAGCGAUUCAAGUUUUCACCAGGAAUGCUGAUAAAACAAAGUCAGGAUGAUGGAGGUGAUGACAUCACAUGGAAAAUUUCACCAGUAAAUGAGCGACUCAAUGCGAUGUCAAAGCACUUACCCGAGAUGGUGAAGGUGUUGGCAGAUUCUUCACGGUUCAACUCUUUGGAUUUCCAUCAUUGCUCACAGAAGAAGACCUCCCCUGGCUCAGCGGGUAAGCUUGAAAAGUGGCUUUGCUCGCCUCCACUGAAGGCUGCUGGAAAACCUUUGAUAUUGUGCAAUAGGGUUAGCUUGAAAAAGGUUGGCCCAGGUCAUGAUCUGAAUUUAGAUGGAAGCAAUGAAAACGUAAAUAUUGAGAACAACUCUGGAGUGGUUAUCAGUCAGAGUCCAUUCAAAACUCCUCCGUCUCUAUCAUAUUGCCAUGAGAAGCCUGCUGAUGGCGUUGAUCCUAAUGGAGUGUCCAAUCAGCUGGGUUCAAGACAACACAAAAAGGCAUUGAUUGAACUUUUAGAUCAAGUAGAAGAUGUAAUUUCAGUUGAAGAGCCUGAAUGUAGUAAAAAUACGGAGGCACACUUGUCCAAAAUUCAAGGAAGAAUUGGCAGUGAGAGAUUUGUCAAGGUUGAUCCUCUUAUCAAAGGUCAGGCACUUGAUUCAACGGAAAAGAUCAAUAGGGAACCUCCAAAUCUUUUUUUUCUUGUAUUGGAGGUUUGUGAGAAACGUGGACCUUCUGAUGCAUCUGGUUCUCAAUACCCUUUUAAGGUUGUGCGCUUACUGAAUGAGCAAAAUGGAGAGGAGCGGGCUGUGCACUUGUGGGACGAAUGGUUUUAUAGUGUGAUUGCACCUGGAGAUACGGUUCAUGUUAUUGGUGACUUCAAUGGCCAGGGAAAGUGUGUUGUGAGUCGCGACAAGAAUUUUCUAGUUGUCCACCCAGAUAUUUUGGUGUCUGGAACUCGGGUUGCUGCUAGUUUUAGUUGUCCAAGGCGUACUGUCCUGGAUGAGAGGAUAAAAAAAAGCGAAUAUUCAGGCGCAGCAUUGAUCGGUACCUUACUGCAUCAGAUAUUUCAGGCCGGUCUGCUCAGGGAAUUGCCAACAAAAGAAUUUUUGGAAGAAUAUGCGAGAGUGGUGAUUCAAAAAAAUUUUGAGAGCUUGUAUGCAUGUGGAGUAAAUGAAAAUGAUACUUACAAGACUUUGAUUGAGGCAAUCCCAAGAAUAUUAAACUGGAUAUUUGUCUUCCGAGAUUCAAAGGGGUCGAAAACUCCUAGUGUUGAUUUUAGAUCUGAUGAUGGAAUACAGAAGGUCAAAAUAUCUGAGGUAGUUGAUAUUGAGGAGAUGGCAUGGGCUCCGAAGUAUGGCUUGAAAGGGGUUAUUGAUGCCUCUGUCCGAGUAAAAGUUGAAUCAGACACCAAUAAAACUGAUGAGAAGAUUAUGCCUUUAGAGUUCAAAACUGGGAAAGGAACCAGUGGCCAGACAGCUAUGGAACAUAAUGCUCAAGUGAUGUUAUAUACUCUCCUUAUGUCCGACAGAUACCUAAAGAACAUUGAUUCUGGUCUUUUAUACUAUCUACACACAGAUCAGACACAGGGAAUUGUGGUUCAAAGAUCUGACUUGGUUGGGCUAAUUAUGCGUCGUAAUGAACUGGCAACUGAUAUUCUCAAGGCAUCAAUGUCACAGCAACUUCCACAAAUGCUACAGAGUCCAAACAUGUGCAAGGGUUGCAGGCACCUUAAUGUCUGUACUGUCUACCAUAAGGUGCAUGGAGGAAGCACAGCGGAUAGUGGAUUGGGUGAGCUGUUUGAUUCACUUGUUAACCAUUUGUCAACUGCACAUUGUGUUUUCCUGAAAAAGUGGGAUCGUUUGAUUGACUUAGAGGCGAAAGAAUUGGAGGCUGUGAAGAAAGAAAUGUGGUGUUCUCGUAGUUUAACGAGUGAACACUACACUAGUUGUGUUUCUUCUCUAGUUCUUGACACUUCAGAUAAACUCUUACCAAAAAAGUUUUCUAAGAGCAACCGAUUUAUUUAUCGCUUCAUGCGCCAAGAUUUGCCUCCACCUGAUGGUAAAGCAUAUGAAAUGGAUUCUUUGGGUCCUGCCUCUUCUCCAAUAAACAACAUGGAUUGCACCCUAAGAACUGGGGACUAUGUGAUGCUGAGCACUGAACCUGAUCGUUUGAUAGUUGCUAGUGGGGUCAUAGUGGAUAUCAGCAACUCCCAUGUUUUGGUUUCUUUCUCAAAGUGCUUAAGGCUUCCUGGAAGUAGCCCUUCUUCAGUGGCACAAGAUCUCUGUCGGCAGGUCUGGCGGAUUGACAAGGAUGAAAUUAUGACUUCAUUUGCAAUUAUGAGGUUCAACCUUGUUCAGCUCUUUCUGCAAAAUGAGCAGAGUUCUCAUCUUAGGAAGCUGAUAGUUGACCUUGAGGCUCCCAGAUUUGACAGUGGAUGUAUAUUUAGUCAAGAUCCAGCCCUAUCAUACAUCUGGUCGGAAAAAAAUCUGAAUGAUGAUCAGCGCAGAGCUAUAAUCAAGAUACUUACCGCAAAGGAUUAUGCACUUAUUCUAGGAAUGCCUGGGACAGGCAAAACAUCCACUCUGGUGCAUGCCGUGAAGGCGUUGUUGAUUAGAGGUGCAUCCAUUUUGCUUACGUCCUACACAAACUCAGCUGUUGAUAAUUUACUUAUCAAACUGAAAGCUAAGGGGAUAGAUUUUAUACGCAUUGGAAGAUAUGAAGCUGUGCAUAAGGAAGUUCAGGGCCAUUGCUUAUCAGCAAUGGACAUGCAUGGCAUUGAAGAAAUAAAGCUAAGGCUAGAUCAAAUCAAAGUCGUUGCUGUUACUUGUUUAGGGAUAACUAGCCCCUUGCUAGCCAACAAAAGAUUUGAUGUAUGCAUCAUGGAUGAAGCUGGACAGACUACCCUCCCUGUAUCACUGGGGCCGUUGAUGUUUGCAUCAAAGUUUGUCCUUGUGGGAGAUCAUUAUCAACUGCCACCACUAGUGCAGAGUACAGAGGCCCGCGAGAAUGGGAUGGGUGUAAGCCUGUUUUGCCGGCUUUCAGAAGCACAUCCCCAGGCAAUUGCAGCUUUGCAGAGUCAGUACCGUAUGUGUGCAGCCAUUAUGGAACUAUCAAAUGCCUUGAUAUAUGGUAACAGAUUACGUUGUGGUUCUUCUGAGAUAGAGGAUGCCAAACUUAAGUACACAAGUUCAGCAUCUCUGUCAUCAUGGUUAAAGGAGGUUCAAAAAAUGAAUAGGCACAAAGGGUGA